UCGAGCGCGAGCCGACUCUUUCGCCCCCGGCUCCCGAGAUAAGGACCCGCGAUAUUUCGAGCCCUUUUGCGCCGGAAGGUGCGAAAAGCGGAGAAAAGACGGACCAGGAGUCGCCGCAGGGGGCCUCGUCCUUUGCAGGAGUCCCGGACGCGGCCGACGAAGGGAACGCCGCUGGGUUGGGCUCGGCCCGCCAAGGCCGCUGCGAGUGCGAGAGAGACUCCUUGCGCCCGCGGUACGCGAGCGCGAGAGAGAGGCAGAGGCUCGGCUAACGGAGGUUCUCGCCGGUCCGCGCCGAACGGCGCACCCGACUGCGACAGUCAACCAAAUAUCUUCGAGAGCGAUAAUAAGGGUGAAGGAGAACGAGGAAGGCGUUCCUCGCCAGCCGAAGAUGGCUACCCCGAGGAGGUCGGGGCCAUCGGGGAAUUUUUUCCUGCCCCUGGUUUGGCUCCUCCUGGUCGGGGUCGCUAAUCGGCGCACCCUCGCCAUCGACAAUCUGAGGGUCGCCUUCCAGUGGAAGGAGCUCGACUUCGAGGACCCCCCUUCGGGGAAGAUCCUCGAUCUUGUCCCUGGCUACAAGAGGGAGGAGAACCUGCCUCUCGGCAUCGAAGUCACCGAGGACAGACUCUUCGUCACGGUGCCGAGAUUCAAGCGCGGCGUCGCCGCCAGUCUCAAUUACUUCAGACUGAACGACUCCAGGACGUCACCGCCCAUGAUUCCCUAUCCCUCCUGGGAGGCUCACAAGCAGACCUCGGGGUCGGUACCGGAAGUCGUAUCCACCUUCCGCGUCCGAGCCGAUCGCUGCUCCAGACUGUGGGUCCUGGAUACCGGUCUCUCGGAUAUCCUGGGUAGUCCCGAACAGGUGGUUCCUCCGGCUGUUCUGAUCUACGACCUGAAGACCGACCGACUGCUCCGGAAAUACGCCAUUCCGGCCGACCAGCGAACCCAGGACUCCUUUUUCGCGAAUAUCGCCGUCGAGGAUCAGUCCUGUGAGGAUGCCUAUGCCUAUCUAGGCGAUCUGGGAGGUCCUGGGCUGGUGGUGUAUUCCUGGAAGAGUAACAGCUCCUGGCUGGUUCGACAUCACUUCUUCCAUCCGGACCCCCAGGGUGGAGAAUUCAACGUAUCCGGCGUCACCUUCCAAUGGACGGACGGGAUCUUUGGCCUGGCUCUUGCUCCUGCGAAAGAUGGCUUCAGCACCCUUUACUUCCACCCCCUCUCCAGCACGAUGGAAUUCUCCGUCGACACGAAAUUGCUGCGAAAUUCUGAGCUGGUUAAUUCCCCAGAGAGCUUUCACGAGUUCCGGAUUCUGGGCUCGAGAGGACCCAACGGCCAAAGCGGAGUCAGCUUCCUCGACCCUGAAACUGGGAUUCUGUUUUACUCCCUCGCUAAUUUGAACGCCAUCGCCUGCUGGAAAAGCGGGACGAAGUACGAGAUAAGACAGCAAGGCCGGGUGUACAUGGACAACGUCACCAUGGUCUUCCCCAACGACCUCAAGGUCGAUCGGAAAGGAAACGUCUGGGUGUUGUCCGACCGCCUGCCGAUCUUCAUGUAUGGACAGUUGGACCCGGAAGACUACAACUUCCGAAUCCUGACGGGAUCUGCCUUGGAAGCCGUUCGAGGCACCGUUUGCUUCUCGGAAAGCUUAGCUAUCACCACCGACAGGUCGCUGAUGACUUCCACUAGAAGAAACCCAUCUGUAAAAAUUGGUUCCGGGGGAAACGAGCCGAAGACCUCCACCCUCAGCUUGCUGAUGACCCUCUUUGCUGCGUCCUUACUUUAUUCCUAGUUGUCGCAUGCUAGCCGGUUGAAAAGUGCAAAAACUCUCUUCUUGCGGCUCCUUUGCUCCUCCAGAGACGACGGAGCUCGAGUUCUUGGUGCUUUCUGUGGCCGGCGCGGUAAUGACUAAGGGUUCAAUUGUAAAUUGUGCAUACAGUCUUGUAAAUGUUUAUUCCGUCUUAUUUAUGUUCCUUCUUCUCUGUGCUGUAAUUAUGCCUCGCCGUUCUCAAAUUAACCGUUCCGAAGCCUACUUAUCGAAGUGCACCUACGUAAGUAGCGGCCAGUCGUGAAAGGUAAUUGUAACUAGUGUGAAAUAAAUGCGGUAUUAUAAUUACCAGA